AUGGCGGCCAACGGCAGCAAGGUGGCCGACGGGCAGAUCGCCACGGAGGUCAGCGAGGCCCCCGUGGCUAACGACAAGCCCAAGACCCUGGUGGUCAAGGUGCAGAAGAAGGGGGCGGAGCUUCCCGACAGGGACACGUGGAAGGGCCGCUUCGACUUCCUCAUGUCCUGCGUGGGUUACGCCAUCGGCCUGGGCAAUGUCUGGAGGUUCCCGUACCUGUGCGGGAAGAAUGGAGGCGGGGCCUUCCUCAUCCCCUACUUCCUGACGCUCAUCUUCGCUGGAGUCCCGCUCUUCCUGCUGGAGUGCUCACUGGGCCAGUACACGUCCAUCGGGGGGCUGGGCGUCUGGAAGCUGGCCCCCAUGUUCAAGGGCGUGGGCCUGGCUGCGGCCGUGCUCUCCUUCUGGCUGAACAUCUACUACAUCGUGAUCAUCUCGUGGGCCAUCUACUACCUGUACAACUCCUUCACCACGACGCUGCCGUGGAAACAGUGUGACAACCCCUGGAACACCGACCGCUGCUUCUCCAACUACAGCAUCGUCAACACCACCAACAUGACCAGCGCCGUGGUGGAGUUCUGGGAGCGCAACAUGCAUCAGAUGACCGAUGGGCUGGACAAGCCGGGCCAGAUCCGCUGGCCACUGGCCAUCACCCUGGCCAUCGCCUGGGUCCUGGUGUAUUUCUGCAUCUGGAAAGGUGUGGGCUGGACCGGAAAGGUGGUCUACUUCUCGGCCACGUACCCCUACGUCAUGCUCAUCAUCCUGUUCUUCCGUGGAGUCACACUGCCUGGCGCCAAGGAGGGCAUCCUGUUCUACGUCACGCCCAACUUCCGCAAGCUGUCCGACUCCGAGGUGUGGCUGGACGCGGCUACGCAGAUCUUCUUCUCCUAUGGGCUGGGCCUGGGCUCCCUGAUUGCUCUGGGCAGCUACAACUCGUUCCACAACAAUGUGUACAGGGACUCCAUCAUCGUCUGCUGCAUCAACUCCUGCACCAGCAUGUUCGCCGGCUUCGUCAUCUUCUCCAUCGUGGGCUUCAUGGCCCACGUCACCAAGCGGUCCAUUGCUGACGUGGCGGCCUCAGGCCCGGGGCUGGCGUUCCUGGCGUACCCGGAGGCGGUGACCCAGCUGCCCAUCUCUCCGCUCUGGGCCAUCCUCUUCUUCUCCAUGCUCCUGAUGCUGGGCAUCGACAGCCAGUUCUGCACCGUGGAGGGCUUCAUCACGGCCCUGGUGGACGAGUACCCCCGACUGCUGCGCAAUCGCCGGGAGCUCUUCAUCGCCGCUGUCUGCAUCGUCUCCUACCUGAUCGGGCUCUCCAACAUCACCCAGGGGGGCAUUUACGUCUUCAAACUCUUCGAUUACUACUCCGCCAGCGGCAUGAGCCUACUGUUCCUCGUGUUCUUCGAAUGCGUCUCCAUCUCCUGGUUCUAUGGUGUGAACCGUUUCUAUGACAACAUCCAGGAGAUGGUGGGCUCCAGGCCCUGCAUCUGGUGGAAGCUGUGCUGGUCCUUCUUCACCCCCAUCAUCGUGGCGGGCGUGUUCCUCUUCAGCGCCGUGCAGAUGACCCCUCUCACCAUGGGCAGCUACGUGUUCCCCAAGUGGGGCCAGGGAGUGGGCUGGCUCAUGGCUCUGUCCUCCAUGGUCCUCAUCCCCGGCUACAUGGCCUACAUGUUCCUCACCCUGAAGGGCUCCCUGAAGCAGCGAAUCCAGGUCAUGAUCCAGCCCAGCGAGGACCUCGUGCGCCCCGAGAAUGGCCCCGAGCAGCCCCAGGCCAGCAGCUCUGCCAGCAAGGAGGCCUACAUCUAG